UAUGCUCCAAUUCAGCCCACACCCCAAGAUUUAUGCGAAUUCCUCUGGAUUUUUUUUUUGCCCAGUCCUAUCCGUUUUGCCUAUUUCUUCCGAUUCUUCAUUGAAUUUUCUUCUCUGGUAUACAUGAUCGACCUGUCGUCUUCCCCACUUGAGCUCUGAUUCUCGCUCGCCUUUCAUCCUCAGAUUCGCCUUUUUACUUUUGAUUCUGCGUUAUUGUGCAGAGAACCUAUUGUGGGUAUUCCCUAAUUCGCCCAAUUGAGUUGUUUUCCGAAUCUCAGCUUUCCGGAUUCACUCAUAUUUACUGUGGAAGAUUUAGGUAGAGGCGUGAAGCACAGUGUUUGGCUUUGGUUCCAUCUUCUUUGAUGAAUUUGGCCCGGUUAGCAUAUGCUCUAGAAUUAUUCUCCUAGAUGCCUUUGCUUCAAUUUGACAUUAAAGGGAUUCAUGUCAGAGUCAUUUGUUACAUUGCGUUUUCAGUUCAUACUUCAAUACUUCAUGGUGAUUGUUAAUAUUCAAAGAUUGGAUGUUGUACUGUGCAUAUGUUCUUCUAUUGAUGGGCUUUGAUUAACUUUCCUUCAAAGUGGAGAAAGAAAACAUGGAUGAUGGAGAUAUUCAGCUUUCAGAUAAUGCUAUGCUGUUGAAUACAGAAUCAUCCAGUGAUUUCCAGGCGCUAACAUCCAUGAACAUGAUGAAUGGAUCAUUCACCAAGACCAUGACUUGCACACACACACACACUUGUAACCCUCCCGGCCCAAAUGCUGUACAUACACACACUUGCUAUCACACUCACACACAAGUUUUUGCACCAGAACCAGAUGACAAAGAGCAUACCAAAUCAAAGGCAAGAAGGCCUUCAACUAACAGAGAAGCAGUUAGAAAGUAUAGGGAGAAGAAGAAGGCGCACACAGCUUAUCUGGAGGAGGAAGUCAAGAGAUUGCAUCUGCAGCAUGUGCAACUAGUCAGGAAACUGCAGAAGCAGGCGAUUCUUGAGGCCGAGUUAUCAAGGUUGAGAAGCAUUUUGAUAGAUCUUAGGAGGAAAAUUGACAAUGAAUUAGGUGUUUUCCCUUAUAAGCAGUGUGCCUCUUAUGGUCAGACCAAUUUCCCAUGCUUCAAUAGUCCGCAUGUAGGAUCAUCAUCUCAAGUUGCCAUAUGUGGAAAUGGAAAAUUUGCUUCUCGACGGGAAGGAAAUUGUCAACCUGCCAUAGAUUGUCAAGUAAACGUAGAUAACAAGGCAAGCACUGAAGAAGAAGAAGAAAGCAUUGAAGGCGAUGGAUAACUUGAUGUCAUCAUCAUCUCAAGCUGAGUGAUUAGCUAGACAACAGAAGAAGGCGUUAUAAUUCUUGAGAACUAAGGCAUACACCCACCAAGGACUUGUCUCCUUAUGUUUGGAUAGAGGACUGGGAAAGGAAAUAUUUUAUUUAGGGAUAAGGAAACAUUUGGUCCUCAAGCUUGCCUCGCUUAUUGAUUUGGUCCCUAAAAUCUAAUUUUUAUCAAUUAGGUCCCUAAAGUCUCAUAAUCAUGUAUGAUUAGUCCUUAUGGUAUGAGAACAUAUAAUUAUAGGCACACAUGUGGUGUAGCCUUUAACUCAAGCAUGUCAAUCUCUUCAUCGAUUGCAGAAAAAAAUUGUUGGUC